AUGCACAAUUCAGGAGUCCUGUCACAAGAAAAGAUGGAGCUAGACCUGGACAGCCCAUCUUCCCUAGUUCAAAGCGAGGGGCAGCUGAGAAGAUCCAACAGUGCACCCAUGAUCAAUGGCCUAAGCGAUAACUCCCAAGUAUUCCAGAGAGACGUCUUGCGAAGCCGCAGAAAUAGCACGACCUUUGUCAACAGGCCCAAUAUGAUUCCAUCGUCACCCAUCCGUGUUCCCAGCACCAGGCUUCAUCAGAUCAAACAAGAAGAGGGUGUGGAUGUGAUGAACAGAGAAACUGCACAUGAGCGGGAAGUUCAAGCUGCUAUGCAAAUAAGCCAGUCAUGGGAGGAAAGUCUUAGUCUGAGUGACAACGAUUUGGAAAAGUCUGCGUCAUCUUCUCCGAAGCGCAUCGACUUUGUGCCCGUCUCGCCAGCACCGUCCCCUACCAGAGGGAUAGGGAAAAAGCAGUGCUUCUCCCCUUCUCUUCAAAUCCUGGUGAGCAGCAACGGCCUCACUCCCAGUCCCAUACCAAGUCCAACGCGGCGCUUUGGUCGCCGUAGCCAGAGCCCUAUCAACUGCAUCAGAGCCAGCAUACUUGGGCCUAUUAAACGCAAAGGUGAGAUGGAGACAGAGAGUCAGCCUAAAAGGCUUUUUCAAGGCACCACUAAUAUGCUGUCCUCUGACGUCUCCAACUUUUCGGAUCUUGGCUCCUGCCACUCUCCGGACGGAUUGCUGGACGGCAGCCUGAGCAGCGUCUGCUCGUCCACCGACUCCCCGGGCAAAAUGGAAGGAGCGUCCCCGUCGUCUUCCGGCAACUCUCCGUUCGCUUCCCUCCAAGAUUUGUCUCCCAAGUGA